AUGACAUAUAGGCCACCCUAUACCACUCUGGCUAAUAUUAAACAAGAGGUCGGUGAGUCCCUGCAAAAUUACUUUAAACGUUUUAAUGCUGAAGUAACAAAAGUAGAGAAGGCCCCCAUGUCUUCGUUGGUUUGCAUGUUAAUAACAAGUUUCCUGCAAAGAACUGAAUUUUGGAAGGAGCUGGAGGCUGAAAGGCCUAAAUCAUUGGUCGAGUUUUUCGCUAUGGCAGAACCGCAUAAAAGGAUUGAAAUUUUUUUGGCCGAGCUAGAGAAAAGAAAGGAUAAACGCGAGUCGCCAGUACCGCGAUCACGAUCUCGCAGUCCCAGAGGGAAAAAUUCCAGAGGGAGAAGCCCUAGAAGACGCAGUCCCCAAAGACAGCGAAGUCCAAAGUUGGUCAAAUCCCCUCCAAAGAAAGCAUUGUCUCCUAAGAGGAAGAGAGGUCCGUGUUUUGUGAACUGUACAGAAUUAGCAGUCCCACGGGACCAUAUAUACGCAAUCGAAGAAAAGAACGGGGUCUUCAGAAAGCCUCCCCCAAUCAGGGGAAACCGUUACAAGAGAGACCCAAAAAAAUUCUGUAAGUAUCACAAGGAUAUUGGCCAUACUAUUCUGGAAUAUUGGCUUUUGCAGGAUGAGAUCAAGGAACUGAUCAGGCGAGGGAAAUUUGGCAAGUACAAGAAAAAAUGA